AUGUCACAUCAACUCUGUCAAAACUGUGGUUCUAGUCAAUUUGAACAUAUUGAUGGACGCCUUUAUUGUGUCAUAUGUCAAUCACAAAAUAUUUCAUUACAAAUUCAUGUUUCAUUUGCCAAUGAAGGUAAUGCACAACUAGGUCGUCGUGUUCGUGAUCAAGCACAAACAACAUCAAUACAUGAUGAAACAAUACCAAAAAUUGAAAUAUUUGAAGCAAAUGAAACAAUUUCACACAUAAAAAAUCAAACAGAUGAAACAAUUUCACGUUUAAAUGACUUAUCUGUUGAUGAUAAUGAACAACUAUUAUUAGAACAACAUAUUUGGAGUUCUUAUGAAGUCUAUAGUUAUAUAUUAAAUAUUCAAAUACAAUCAAUAAUUAAUUUAGAUUAUAUAAAAAAAGAAAAACAUCAAGAAUUUUAUGAAUGUACAUUUAUGCUCUAUUUACGUUAUUUAUCAUCGAAUGGAAUAUUAGAAACAAAUCAACAGCGAUUAUUAAUAAAACAAGAAGAAAGACGAUUAAAAACAAAUAUUCUAUCGAAAUUAAUUUAUACAGAUCGAUAUGAACAAUUUGCCAAAUCAAAUACACAUAUUUUUAAUAAAAAAUUAUGUAUUAUGAAUUUAGAUAUUCUUAUUGGUUUGAUUCAUUGUGCAUCGACAUUGAUUAAUUGUCCGAUAACAAUUAAACAAUUAAUUGAAUGGAUAAAUACAAGUAAACUUCCGUAUUAUAAUAUAAAAACAUAUUUACCAAAUUGGAUGCGACCAACAGGACGUGAUAGAUUUAAUAUUGAAAAAUUUAAAAUUCAUUCCGGAAAUUUAUUUUUUUAUUAUAAUACAUUUAUUCAACCAGUCAUAAAACCAUAUAUAUCACGAUAUAUAUUUCGAUCAUCAUCUUAUUUCUAUGAAAUUCUUCUUAAUUGCUGUGAAAUUUAUUGUAAACAACUUUAUUUUCCAUUUGAUCAUCAUACAAAAAUAUUAUUUCAAUCUAUAUGUACAAUAAUUAUUCGUACAAAAUCAAGAGGUCGACGUUUUCUUUCUACAUCAUUUGAUAUGGAAUUAACUGCACUUUCAAUUCUGAUAAUAAUCAUAUUACUUCAAUCGAUAAAUGAUCGUUUACUUGAUGAAUUUAUUCAAAAUAUACAUCAGACAAAAUUCUUUUCCUAUUCAUUAUGGUUAAAAAAUUUAAAUCAACUAAUUUACUAUGAAUCUAUUCGUUAUUAUCAAUUUUAUGGACGAUCAUCCGUUCUAUUAGAAACAAUAACAGAUAAUCAUUCGAAAUUACGAUAUAUGAAAAGUUUAUCAAAAAUUUUCAAUCAAAAUAUACAAAUGAAUAAUGAGAAGUUUUUAGAAGAAAUUUCUCAAAAAGAAAAUCAUGUUCGACAAAUUCUUCUUGAUAAUUGUAAACCAGGAUCAUUAGUUUAUGCAAUGAAAACGAAAGAAUUUUUUCUAAAAAAAUUUUCAAAUUUAUCUUCAAAUUGUUUAUCAUCUUUUUUUGAAACAAUUGUUAAUACAUCUUCACCAUCCCAUUUUUCAAUUGUUGAUAAAAGUGAAUUAUAUGAAACACUUCUUUCAUUAACUAAUGGUGCAACAAUAAAUCAAAUAGAAAAUUUUUAUUUACUUCAUCAACGUUUUGAUAUUGCUACAUCAUCAAAUUUUCAUUUGAAUCAUCUUAUAUUGACAUUAACAAAAUUUUGUUCACUACCUUAUAAUCAAGAUUUUUACUCAUUUUUUUCAUUAUUUUUGAAAACAUUUUGUUUUCAUGAUCAAUCUCUUCAUCAUUAUUUUUAUCAAUCAACAUUAUCAAAACGUUUUAAUUCAAAGAAUCUUUCUGAUCAUAUCGGCAUGAAACAAUAUGGAAUUGAUCAGUUACCUAUUAUAUAUGAUAUUCAAUUUGAACAAGAACGACCAUCUACAAUAAUAGAGAAAAAAAAAUGA